GGGGCGGCGCUGGCCCAGCCCCGGGAGCUGUCCCCCGCCGCCGCGCAGUGCCUGGAGCACGAGUGUUUCGCCGUGUUCUGGGCGUCCCGGCCCUUUUCGGAAGCCAGCGAGGGCUGCCAGCGGGGCGGCGGGCACCUCAUGACCGUGCGCUCCACCGUGGCCGAGGAGGCGAUCGCGCUGCUGCUGCAGAACCGCGUGGGGCGGCUCUGGCUGGGGCUGUCGCUGUCGCCCUCCUUGUCGUGCACCGAGCCCAGCCGGCGGCUCCGCGGCUUCCGCUGGGUCACGGGCGACCGCAGCACCGAUUACACCAACUGGGCUCCGUCGGGGCAGCGCUGCGGCGAGCGCUGCGUGACCGUGUCGCGGGACCUGCGCUGGGAGGAGCGGCGCUGCGAGGAGGCGGCCGACGGCUUUCUGUGCCAGUACAGCUACGGGGGCAGCUGUCCCCGCCUGGCGGCCCCGCACGCCUUCCCCGUCACCUACUCCACGCCGUUCGGAGCCCGCGCGGCCGAGUUCCUGGCGCUGCCGCCGCGCAGCACCGCGCUCAUCCCCGCGCUGGGGCUGGAGCUGCGCUGCGAGGGCGAGGACAUCGACGACUGCGCCAGCGAGCCCAGCCCGUGCGAGCACCAGUGCGUGAACACCAAGGGGGGCUUCGAGUGCCGGUGCCACAGCGGCUACAGCAUGGUGGAGGGGCGCUGCCAGCCCCUGCCGCCCUGCUGGAAGACUCCGUGCCAGCAGCUCUGCCAGGAGUCGCCCCAGGGCUACCGCUGCGGCUGCCACCCGGGCUACGCGCUGGACCCGCGGAAUUCCACCCUCUGCCGCCCGUACUGCAACGCCACCGAGUGCCCGGCGCUGUGCGACGACAGCGGGGACUGCUUCUGUCCCGAGGGCUUCUUGCUGGACGGCGACGAUGUGUGCGCGGACAUCGACGAGUGCGAGAGCGACCACUGCCCCUUCAACUGCACCAACACGCCCGGCGGCUACCAGUGCCACUGUCCCCAGGGCCACCAGUUCCUCGACUCCGACUGCGUGCCCGUCCCGCCCGAGGAUGUCGAGGAAGAGCUCUCGGGGGAUUUCGAGCCCUUCCUGCCCACCACGGCCGUGCCCAGCCGGCCGCCGCCCUGCUUCUGUCCCGAGGGCUUCUUGCUGGACGGCGACAAUGUGUGCGCGGACAUCGACGAGUGCGAGAGCGACCACUGCCCCUUCAACUGCACCAACACGCCCGGCGGCUACCAGUGCCACUGUCCCCAGGGCCACCAGUUCCUCGACUCCGACUGCGUGCCCGUCCCGCCCGAGGAUGUCGAGGAAGAGCUCUCGGGGGAUUUCGAGCCCUUCCUGCCCACCACGGCCGUGCCCAGCCGGCCGCCGCCCAAAGCGGAGGGGCUGCACCCCGGGGUGCUGGUGGGCAUCGCCGCGGGUGCCCUGCUGAGCCUGCUGGCCGUGGUGGCCCUGGGCUACCACCUGGCCAGGAAGCGCUGCCGCUCCCACGGCUCCAUGGAUUACAAGUACGGCGGCCCACGCGAGAAGGAGCUGGGGCUGCAGCCCGUGCCCUCUGCACAGAAGCCGUAGGGAGGGACAGAAGGACAGGACGGGAACAGCGAGGCCGAAGUGGGCGACAUUUAUCCCCCCCCUUGCUCCCUCCCCGCUGCCCCCCCGGCUGGAAUUUUCGGGAAAAGCUGCGAUCACCCCAUCACUCGCAGAAAUGCUGCUGGUUCCCAGCCGGCUCUCGGAAUGCUGGCGCCGGAGAGCGGGGACAGCAGAACACCCAGAGGCUGCUCCACUCCUCCCUCGGCGUCCAGCUUUUCCCUUACUCCGAGCCGGGAAAACCGCGAGGAAAAACCCAGGAGGGACGGCUCCGUGUGGAAGCGACUCUGGAUCCGUGGGAUGAGAGCACGGCGUGACCAAGGCGGGGACUUUGGAAGGACGCCUCGACCCAAAUCCCCCUCUCCUGGGCCGGGUGGUGUUCCCGAGCUGGGAGGUUCCUGCUUUUUCUUUGGGAUGGGGUUUGUUUGUCUUAAGCUGAGGGAGGGAGGAGCAAAGAUGUCGUGGGAAGCACUUGUCACCUCGAGCCACUGGUGACAGCAGGGACCCGGCUCGGUGUCACCAAGGCGGGACUCGAAUUCCUGGUUCCUAUUCCCUCCCACUAUUAUUAUUAUUAUUUUGUUGUUGUUGUAGUUUUUUGCGGGAUGUGGAGGUUAAACAGGGACACGAAGGCUGCCGGGGUGGGUUUGCAUUGCUGCAGAGCCACGUCCAAUUCCUUCCAUAAAUUGCCUCCAAUUGUUGGAUUUGGGAUAUUUUUACGAGCCCCUCCUGCCCACAGGGAUUUUUCCCCGUUCCCUCGUGCAGGGCUGACUCUGUCCCAAGGGCAAAACAUUCCCACGGGGCGGGAUCCAGCGCGCCGCUCAUUCCCAGCCACGGACUGGGGCGCGGCGGGGGGUGGAAUUCUGGAGAAGGAUCCGGUUUUCCAGCUCCAUCCUUCCCUGGGGAGCCAGAGGGGGUCCUGCUCCGGCUGCCGCGGGCUCUGGCAGCUUUAUGCCGGUGAAAUAUUAUCCCAGAGCAGCAGAAGUCUUGGAAGCCUAGGAUCAGUGCCAAGGGGUUCUGUCCCCCCACAUUCCCCCUUCCCGCCCUGUGAACUUCCCAGCACUCGGCACCCCCCACCCUGGAAUGCUAAAGCUCCGCUUCCAAUUCCCAGGAAAAUCAAAAUAGAGGCGUUGCAGGAAUUGUGGUUGUCCCAAAAGGUCGUUAUCCCGAAGGCUGGGUAGCUGGAGGGUCGUGUCCAUGGAUCCCUUGGGAUGGAUUAAAGUGGAACCACAUGGAGCGAGGGCUGCAAAUCUGCGGAUGUGUCAGGUUUAUUUUAGGGCGUUUUGGCUGCAGUGGGAAGGAGGGAGCUGUUGUGAUUAUCCAUAAUUAUCCCGUGCUUAUCCAGAAAGAGAUAGCAAAAUAUAAAGGUGUCAACUCAGGAAAAUAUCCAAGGAAAAGGAUGAGGUUUGAGAGUGGUUUUUAUCCAGCUCAACCCCAAGCUCCUUCCUGGGUGGAUCCGAGGUUUUGCCACCACACCCCCAAAAAUCUCCUCCUCCCCUCCCCCUUAUCUCAAAAUCCCACUGCGGAGUUUUAUCUUAUCACAAAUUCCUUCCUUAUGGAGUCCUGAAUUCCCGGCACUCCCUGUUUUAUCCUCCCCCCACCCGCACCCCCGUGUCCGUUUGUAAAUCCUUAUUUAUUUCUUGGAAUUUUACCCUGCGUGCUGGAAUUGUCUCGUGGAGAUCCUGUGUGGACGCCAAUAAAGCUUUGCCAGUCUGGUUUA